AUGUAUACUAAUAACAACAGUAAUAGUGGUGGUAGACCAUAUAGGAAAGAAGAUGCAUCGCGAGAUAAACAAAAAAUUGAACUUGCAGAAUUUUCAAUUGAAGAUUUCAGACCUGAAGUUUUUAUUCAAAAGGCUUUGAGUAAUGUCAGUGAAAAGGGGGUUAGAGGAUUUUUGGAUACUCUUCGUGAAUCAAGAGAACUAGCAGCCGGAGAUUUACAGAAGAAUGUUUAUAAAAAUUAUAACGAAUUUCUAGAAAGUGAUAUGUUUGUUUUACGGGGACUUUUAAAUGAGCUAAGAAAUAUUAGCGACAAUUUGAGAGAUGAUAGUACAGAGUCAGUCAAUCUUGGACCUGUUGCACCAGUGGCAUCUGAACCUAUUGUGUCUAGAGGAAGGCAACCGACAAGGAAUAAUGCAACAGAUAUACAGUCAAUCUGGAAAGCACAAAUUCAACUUUUAUGGGAUCAUGUAGAAGGAGCACAGAAACUUGUACCAUUGGUACCAGGACGACAUAUUGUUCGAGAAUUUUCGAAUUUUGUAGAAAUCAAUGCGAAAAUGUUUUUAGGAGCCAGGAGCAAGAAUAUACGCAUAAGAACAAAGCAAUUAAAGUUCGAAGGAGAUAUACCACAAUAUAUCAAUGAACUAUCACUUGUUUAUUUUACCUUGAUAAAGAAUACAUGUGAUUGGUACAAUGCUGCUUUUAGAGAUAUGAGAAUGGCAUCAGGACUUGUUAAAUGGGUUAACGAAGAAUUUGAACAUUAUUCGAGCAUGUUUAAGCGGCAACUUCGAACAGUAGGCUUUGACUUGAAAUUUUUAUUGGAAAGUCUAUUAAAACCUGAUCCCGACGAAACUGAUGAUAAUGAUGAGCCUAACUUCACCCCAAUUAUGUUAACAGAAUUAAAAACCAAUCUCGCCAACACCCCUUUUUUGCCAAAUAUAAGUGCAAAUUCUGGUAAGGAGAGAUUCAGUAUGGUAUAA